AUGGAGUUAACACAGCGACUCGAAUGCACACAAGAUUUUUCUGAGAUAAAUAAUGAUAAAAUCUUUCCCGAUCAGAUUGGAUUCUUAGGAAUUUGUGGAAACAAACAUCCACUGAAAAAAGGUCCGAACAAAAUCGGAAGGGAUCCAGAUACAUGUAGUGUUAUUUUGGAUGUAAAUUCAAUAUCUAGACAUCAUGCUGUUAUCAAUAUACUUAGCAAAAAUGAAUUUAUGCUUAUGGACUUGGAUUCUGCCAAUAAAACCAAACUCAGUGGUAAAACAUUACUGCCAUAUAUGCCAUCUCCAUUAAAAAAUGGUGACAUGGUGCAGUUUGGCCAAGUUUUUGGAGUAUUCAGAUUAUUUGAGGAAGAGAAUGACUUGCCGAUGACCCAAGCCAUUAAUGUACCUGAAACUCCAGUACUAAGUAGAUGUAUAUCAAAAUUAAACAUACAAGUUACUACUAUUCCAGAAUCACCAGAUUUCAGUGACAAGGAUGAUUCAGUUAUUGGUGCAUCACAACAGAAGCAAUCAAAGAAUAUGUUUAAAAGCCCUAGAGAUAAUUUUCUAAAAGCAUGUGUGAAAACAAUAGAAAUAAAACCCAUUGGUACAAAUAAAAUAGACAAUGUUUAUUGGACUUCUUCCAAAAAGUCUGAAUCAUUUACUUCUCAGGCUAACAUUUCUAACAAUCUCGAUGAUUCGUCAAUACCUCAAAAUAUACAUGAAUUACAAACCCAACUCCCAUAUGAUGAUAAAAAUAAUAGUAAUGGUUCUAUAUACAAUGCUCUUACCCAAAGGGGUGAAGAGAGGUCUCUCGCAAUACAUGAAAUGGAAACACAACUACCGGCUGAUUUACCAGAAGUGUGCAAAAUUGAUGACCAACAAAACAUACAAUUUGAUUUUUCUAUUUCGGAAAAUAAAGAAAAUGAAAAUAUUAUAACUAAUAGUGAAAAAGAUCUUCCAUCUGAGAAUAAAUCUGUAAAUACAGAAAGUAUCAAUACUGAUAAAAAAUCUAAUUCGUUAAGCAGUGAAAAUUUAAAGGAGAAACUAGAUCUAUCUAAUGAUAUAAUUCUAUUUGACGAAGUCGAUAGUCCACCUUUAGAAGACAAUUUAGAGUCACAAUCACUAAUGGAUCCAGAUAUUAUUAUAAAUAACGAAAACCCAUUGACUUGUGAAAAUAACGUUAAAGAGUCAGAAAAAGAAGAAAAUUACGAUCAAAAUAUUAAUUCGAAAAUAAAGCGUCGUCAGUCUGGUGAUUCUACGGAUUGUGAAGAUGACAUUUUUAUUGCGAUGACACAAAAAUUAAAAGCAGUGACAAACGACGAUGAUGUUACAGACUGCGAGGAUGAACCCGAACCUGUUGCUAAAAGUAAUGAAAAAGAAAAAGCAACAGAUGAAAAUCUAACUGACUGUGAAGAUGAACCAGAAAAUGUUGAAAGACCCAAUGAAAUAACAGAAAAUGUAAAAUUUGAGGACAUGUGCACACAAGUUAUUGAAGAAACACCAUUAGACAAUGAACAAAAUGUAGAAGCUAAUAUUUUUAAAAUGCCAACUGCACUCGAUGAUUUACAGACUCAAAUCAUUGAAGAAGAUAAAACGGACUCAAGAUUAAUUGCUGACUUACAAACACAAGUAAUUGAAGUAGAAGAAGACUUGCAAAAAAAUGUAUGCUUUGAAGAAGCUUUGACACAAAACAUUUAUUCAGAAGAGAUCAUGGAUUUUAAAAUGCCCGGUCCUUCUCUCAGAAGAAAAAGAAAAACAGUACCCAAUAUAGAAAAACAAUUAUCAAAUAUAGUUCAGAAGAAUAAAACUGAUUGUGAAAAUGAAAAGAAAGACAGUGACAAUGAUGAAAUUUACUAUGCGACAACACAAGAACCCUGCAUAGAUUUAUGUACUCAGAGAGAACUUUCACCAGAAUCUUUGACGCAAAACAUUUAUUCAGAAGAGAUCAUAGAUUUUAAACAACCCGGUCCUUCUCCUCUCAGAAGAAAAAGAAAAAUAGUACCUAAUAUAGAGAAACAAUUAUCAAAUGUAGUUCAGGAGAGUAAAAAUGAUAGUGAAAUUGAAAAGAAACACAGUGACAAUGAUGACAUUUACUAUGCGGCAACACAAGAACUCUUUAUAGAUUUAUGUUCUCAGAAAGAACUUUCACCAGAAAUUGUAAAACAACCCACGAUAACACUAAAUACGAAUAAAAAAUUAAGUUUGAAAUCACCAAAAGAAAACAAUAUUAAACAUCGUGUGGGCCACGAAUUCGAUGAAGAUUGUGAUAUAGAAGAAAAAAUAAAUAGUUUCGUGGCCAACUUAAGUAAGUCACAAAUAAUGGAUGUUGUAGGCACAGAAAAAAAUUUGACUGCAUUUAAACAAAAGUCUAAUGACGUCUCCGACUUGAAAGUCCCUCUGAAAACGAAAGAAAAUAACAAGAUAAACAAGAUAUCGUUUAAGAACGAAUCACACAAAAAUGAAAUUAAAACUAAAAGAUCAUUGCCUAAUAAAACUAAAGUAAAAAAUUACUCCGAACAAAAUUUACGAAUCUCAAACAAAAUCGUAACUAAUCAUAAACGAAAAGAGAAAAGUUCUAGUGACAUAAGGUCAUAUUUAAAUAAAAACACUGAAGCAGAAUUAUUACCAUCAAGAAGUAGUAGUAGAAUUAGAAAACCCACAUCCAGACUGAAAGAUAGCGACGGAGAUUCACAGAAGCUAUGUAAUAGCCUAUUUAAAUCUAUAAUAGUUAUUGAUGACGAUGAAACAAAAAAAGACAUUGAAAGUGUUAAUACUUUGCAAUCUAAGGAAGAAAAGAAGAAAACUAAAACGGACUUGGAAAACAAAAGAAAGAAAGCUGGUAAAGAAAAAGUGGAAAAGGAUGAAAGCACAAAAGAGAAAAUUACAAAAAGUGAACAUAAACCGCGUAGAAGUAGAAGAACAAAAGAAAAGGAUGAAGCUCAAAAAUACACUAUUGAAGAAGAACUUGAUGUGAACAAAAAUAAAGAUAGUGAUGUAAAAAAAAGUAGAAAUUCCCGGAGCAAAAGCAAAAAAUCUGAAAAUGGUCACAAAAAUUCAAAAUCGCCAUCAAAUGAUAAGCAGAAAAGCGAUAAGAAAAAUCGUGAGCAGAGUAAAGAAAAAGAUAAGAAAUCACCGGAAAAAGAAAUACGGCGAAGUAAAAGACAAAGAACGUCAAAGAAAUCGGAAGAAUCAUCAAGUGAGAAUAAAUCGCAUAAAAUAUCAAAUGGACUUGAACAAAGUACAAUUUAUACUAUGUCCUCCGAGUCGGGAAUAGAUUCUCCAAAUAAAUUAAAAAGAUCCGGUAACUUCGAAUAUCCGAGUGCGAAGAAAACCAAAACUGUGACGUCGUUGAGAUCGACUCCGGCUAGAAAAAUAAAGACGCACUAUGUGUUAUUCACGGCGUUUCCUUGCGAAGAAGUUAAAAACAAAUUGGAGAAAUUAGGAGCGAUAAUAGUGACCGAAGUGUCGAAGUGCACAGUGGUGCUGACGAUGCAGAUAAAGAGGACGUUCAAGCUGCUGUGCGCGGUGGGGCUCGGCCGGCCCGUGGUGGGGCCCGCCUGGGUGCAGGCCUGCGCCGACACCAACAUGAUCGUCGAUCCAUGGUUGUAUUUAAUAAAAGAUGAUGUUACGGAAAAGAGGUUUCAGUUCAAUCUAGAACGUUCGUUGGUGGGAAAGCGAAACUUUUUAAGUGGAUACAAUAUUUCGUCAACUCCAAAUGUGAUGCCUAACGCCGAGGAAAUGAAAUUAAUAGUGGAAUGUUCGGGCGGUAAAUGGAAGGAUCAGGGGCCACUGUGGAUCUGCGUGUCGUGUGUCGCGGACAAGUCUCUUUGGCCGACUUUGAAGAAGAAGGGUGCAAUUAUUGUCUCCACGGAGUUCAUUUUGGGAGGAGUCCUCAGACAGAAGCUAGAUAUUGAUAAAAAUAGGUUAAUG